AUGGAAGUCAACGAGCAGCUAGCAUGUAUCAAGGAGCAGUACCAGGGGCUCAACCAGCUCCUGCAGCAGAUGGAGCGGCGGCGGGCCGCCGAGUGGAACGAGGAGCACGCGGUGCUGAAGCAGACCGUCGCUGGCCUCAAGGGCACGGUGAAGGAGCUCAAGAUGCAGAUGCACACGGCAGAGCAGAGCCUGGCGCAGUUCAUUGCCACGGCCCGCAAGGACCGCGAGCAGUCGGCGGGGCGCGGCGCGGCGCGGUCCAAGGCGUGGCUGCGCGCGCGCUUCCGGAAGCGGCAGGGCAGUCCCGCGGGCGCCGCGCAGCCCGAGGACGUCGGCCCCGAGGACCUGGACGCGGCCGCGAUGCGCGCGGAGGUGGCGCGGCUGCAGGAGCGCAUCGCGGAGUGCGAGCGGGACGCGCACGAGGCGGUGGCGCGGCUCGCGGAGAUGCACCGCGGCGGGGCGGACCCGGGGGCGCAGGAGGUGACGCUGUGCGAGUCGCGCAUCGCGGUGCAGCGCGACACGGUGGCCAUCCUGCGCGAGGACGUGCGCGACCUGCACGCGGCGAUCAAGGCCUCGGAGGCCGCGGCGUCGCACCGGGAGAUCGAGGAGGCCGGGUGGCGGCAGCUGACGGGCCUGAAGCAGAUGCUGGUGCUGACGGUGCAGAAGAUUGACGACAUCAAGCGGCGGUGCUACUGCCCGGACAUCGACGGGUACUCGUUCAAGUUCGGGUCCGGGGGAGUGUACGGGGGCGCGAAGAACAUCGCGGUCAGCCACAUCGGCGGGAACCUGCACUGCCGCGCCACCACGGGCCUGAAGAGCAGCAAGGGGGUCCCCGCGGCGCUCCUGUCCUUCCACAUCGGACAGAAGCACGGGACCAUCGCGACGCCGCCCGCCGCCGGGGGCUCCGACCACCAGCCCGCCGGCGCGCGGCUGCCCUCGCACCACACGCUCGGGGCGACGGCGCAGGCCAGCCCCGUGCAGGCGCUGCGGAAACGCGCCUCCGGGGCGGCCGCGCACAGCUCGCGCGCCUCGCAGGACCUCACGGCCGGCCGCGCCUCGCCCGCGAACUCCAUCGGCCGGCAGACGUCGUCGUCGUCCAUCGCGCCCACGGCGGACGGCACGCUCGAGGACGCGUGGUUCCGCGACGCGGUGCUCGACGACGACGACGACAUCGAGUCGGUCGCGGGCGAGUCGCGCAUGGAGGGCAGCGCGAUGUCCACCGCCGCGCAGACCGCCGGGAGCGAGGCCAGGACUCGCGCAGACUCGGACGGAACGGACGGCCCACGCGCGCAGGCGGCCCAGCAGCACCCGCAGGCCCGUGGCGCUGCCGGGGGGUUCGGGCCGUCGUGGGUCGGGCAGGGCCGGCCGCCCAGCGGCAGUCCCUGGCUGAACAAGGGCGGCGCGCGGCCCCGCGCCCCCCCCGAGAAGGCCGGGAAGUUCUCCAAGUGGCUCACCGGAGUGAAGAAAAAGGCCACCGGGAAUGCCAGGCCCCCGCUGGCCGUAUCCGGGCCCGGGCCGCUGUCCCCGAAGACGCUCGAGGCGCUGGCGUCGAGCGACGACGACGACCACCGCCGGGCGUCGCCCGCCGGGGCGCCGGGCCUCGCUCCCCCUCCCGCACAGCAACGCGCCGCCGCGCCGAAGCCAGCGGCGUCCCGGCCGCCCGUCGACGGCGACGCGAGGCAGCGCGUCGCGUCCCCGGCGCCGGACCCGCCCCAGCGCAUCCUCCCGAAGCUGUCGGCCACGGACGUGGUGUGCCCCCCAGAGGAGCACCUCCUGCUGGACAUGUCCCUUGAGGGCCUCCUGAUCAAGGGCGAGGCCGGCACGAUGGUCCCGGACUUCAACAUCCAGAAGCUCGCGCUGCGCGUCGGGCUCGACCUGCACGCGGAGAUGGUGUACCAGUACGGUGCGGGGUGGCGCAUGCCCAAGGGCGUGCAGUUCACGGUGCGCGAGAUCACGAAGGAGAUCGUGGGCGCGUCGAUCCCCGUCCCGAACGCCAUCAUCAAGCUCGUGCUCUCGAAGGUCCUCCCCAAGGUCCUCGAGCGCUUCUUCACGCGCGUGGUGCCCCCGGAGCUGGGGGACUACCUGCUGCGCUGCGUGCCCGCGCCGCAGGGGCCGCCCGGGGGGCCGCACGCGGGGCCCUGGGACCGCACGCGGUCGUACGGGGUGCGGGUGCCGCUCGAGGCUGGUGCGACCUUCUCGUUCGCUGGACUCCCCCACCGUGUCAUUGAGUGCGUGCUGUCGCGGCAGCGCCUUGGCGCGCACGGCGGCGGGGGGCUCAUGGGCGCCGGCGCGAUCGAGGCUGCGGAGGCCGGGCGCGUGCUGUCGCUGAGCCCGCCGGCCCUGGAGGCGCUCGGGCGCGCGUGGGACAUGCUGGAGAUCGACGGCGUGCCCAUGUCGAUCGCCAACCUCGGGCGGUUCCUGCGGCGGCGCGCGCCGUUCGGGAAGCAGUACUGGCUGUCGGUGUGCAGCUGCCUCGACGCGGCGUGGCGGUGCUUCGCGAAGAAGUCGCGCGUGCCGGACGCGGCGGGGCCUGGCGAGGGGGGGUUCGCAGCGCUCGUUGCCGGGCCGGUGACGCGCGCGGUGAUGCAGCCCAUGGGCAUCCGCGCGCGACUGGAUCACCUGCACGUCGAGGCGGACCUGGACGAGGCUAUGCUGCAGAUCUACAAGGCCAGCAUGCGGUGGGCGGAGGAGGCCUUCAAGGAGGGACGCCAGCCCAGCGACCCCUCGGGGGCGCCGGCCGACGGAGCUCCGGCCAAGCCCGGGGGUCUGCGGGGCCUGGGCAUCGAGCUGGACGACCUGCGGGAGUGGUAUAUGGGGGUGUCGUCGGGGCUGUCCAAGUUCAAGGAGACCUUCCACUCGGGCGCCGUGGGGUCGGCGUCGGCGCUCGCGCACGCCGACGGCAUCCACGCGGCCGUCCGGGACGUGACGUACGCGGGCCCGCUCGCCGUCGAGGUGCCGGUCGCGCGGCAGAUCGACGAUGACGGGCUGGCGACGUUCGACAUCUGGGUGCCCGACCUGUAUGGGUCGCCGCCGCCGAACCGCCGGUUCGGGCUCAUCUCGGGCCACAUGGCACAGAUCCGGCUCAAGGGGCUGCAGUCGUCGCUGCACGUGAUCCCGGAGCGGCUCGCGCGGUCCCUGUCGGUGGCGGCAGACGAGGUCGCGCGCGUGAUCGCCGACUCCGGGAGCGGAGCGCUGCAGCAGGCGCGCAACGGCGCGGAUGGUGCGUCGUCGGUGGUGCACGAGGUGAUGCGGGCGCUCGCGGACGCGUCGCCGGGGCAGCACAGCGGGCCCAUCAGGGGGCGGGAGGGCGUGGAGGCGGCGCUGCUCGCGGCGGUGCGCGCGUGCCUCGUCGGCGCGAGCCAAGUCGGCCAGCUGGACUGCCGCGUCGUCAAGGCCCCCGCGAAGGCGCCCUCUGGGGCCGACGGCGACCGCGCGGGCGCGGCCAGUGCACGCAAGGAGCACAUGCAGCUGUCGCUCCGUACGUCCCCCAUGUCGCGCGCGGAGAUCCACCUGCACCUGCUGGAGGCGCACACGCUGAUGUCGCCCGCGGGCAUGGUGCGGGCGGUGCAGGGGCUGGUGUCUGAGGCGGGCAUCAUGCAGAUUGGCGACGAGCGGUACAUGGACGAGCUGCUCGAGUGGCUCGAGUGGCUGCGGUCCUUCCUCGACCGCCCCGCCCUGCAGGCGUCCGUGGGGCUGCGCGCCGCGGCGCUCCUAAGGCCCGUGCUCGGCGGGGACAGGCACAUGGUGCUGUCGGUCGGGGCAGACAGCACUUCCGGGGGCAGCGUGCCGCUCGCGGUGGCGCACGAAGUGUACCUCGGCACCGCACCCGAUCCGAAUCAACCUAGCGCGGACGAGGGCGGGUUCUGA